AUGGAGGGAGAUUCAGUCACUCUACAGACUGGUGUUAAAACAAACCAACAAGAAAAAAUUAAAUGGUAUUUUAAUGACAUUCGAAUAGCUCAAAUCAGUGUAGAUCAGAGUAAGACCUGCACAGAUGUUCAGUGUAAACGUGGUGAUGAGAGAUUCAGAGGCAGGUUGAAGCUGGACAAACAGACUGGAUCUCUGACCAUCACAAACACCAGGACCUCAGAUGCUGGACUUUAUAAACUACAGAUCAUCAGCAGCAGAAUCAGCAUCAUGAAGAAAUUCAGUUUUACUGUUGCAAGUUCAUCUGGUAUUAAAUGGUAUUUUAAUGACACUCGCAUCGCACAAAUCAAUGGAGAUCAGACUUAUAUCUGUACAGAUGUUCAGUGUAAUGUCGGUACUGAGAGAUUCAGAGACAGACUGAAGCUGGACAAUCAGACUGGAUCUCUGACCAUCAUGAACAUCAGAAACGCACACUCUGGACUUUAUCAACUAGAGAUCAUCAGUGACCGGAUCAGCAUCAUGAAGCACUUUAGUGUUUUUGUUCGUGGUGAGUCGUUAUGUUUAAAAACAUGUGAAGAAGAAGGGAAAAUGAAUCAGAAUCUGCUGCCAUAUUUUUUUAUGAAGCUUCGAUUUAUUUUGACGUCUGUGUUCUUGUUCGCACAUGGUGUGUCAGCUGUUGAAACCGAUGUAUUAUCAGUGUCAGUGAUGGAGGGAGAUUCAAUCACUCUAAACACUGGUUUUGAAUCAAACCAACAGGAAUAUAUAAUAUGGUAUUUUGAUGACAAUCGCAUUGCUCUAAUCACUGGAGAUCUCGGUAAGAUCUGCACAGAUGUUCAGUGUAAUGAAGGUACUGAGAGAUUCAGAGACAGACUGAAGCUGGAUCAUCAGACUGGAUCUCUGACCAUCACAAACACCACAACCACAGAUGCUGGACUCUAUGAAUUAAAGAUCAUCAGCAUCAGAAAAAGCAGUGAAAAGACCUUUAAUGUUACUGUUCAUGAUGUUCCUGCUAAUGAACGCGAUCAAAUGCAGAGAAAGUCAGUGAAGGAGGGAGAAUCUGUCACUUUAGAUCCUGGUGUAAUGAAAAACCCAGAGGAUUUGAUGAUGUGGUAUUUUAAUGACAUUUGCAUCGCUGAAAUCACUGGAGAUCCCAGUAAGAUCUGUACAGAUGAUCAGUGUGAUGAAGGCACUGAGAGAUUCAGAGACAGACUGCAGCUGGGUCAUCAGACUGGAUCUCUGACCAUCAUGAACAUCAACACCACACACUCUGGACUUUAUAAACUACAGAUCACCAGCAGCAGAAUCAGCAUCAUAAGGAGCUUCAGUGUUUCUGUCAUUGGCAAGUAUCAUUUUGUGAAUGAUGUUGUUGACUUGUCGCCUAAUCAGAGUGAGAUUCCACUGAUGGAUGAUGCUAAUGAGAGGUCCUCUAAUCACACUGAUGCUCUAGGGACGAACACUACCAAUGACUCGCCCCCUAAUCGGAUUGAGUCUGAGGCUGCCAGUGAGAUCUAA